CACAGAUCCACAGCAGCAAUAGCAAUAGCGAACAAGCAACUUGAGCUUCGUCUUCCUCUUUCUCCACCCCUCAAUACUUGCUAAUUUCCAUUAUCUUCUCUCCCAUUGCUGUGCCUAACUCUCUCCCCUUCAGCCUCCUCAUCGCACGAUGAACAAGUUAUUUCUUAAAUCUCAUUGUCUCCCUCUGUUAUCAAUCUGCCCAAAAUUUCUCUUCAUUGACAAGUCUUUCAUCUCUUCAUUAUCUAUGUCUCAUUUGUCCUCCCCCGUAGCCAAUACCAGUUCCGGCUGCUCCUGUCUAUCCCAUUUCCCAGACUCUACUCUAGUCUCCUAUGGGCCUUCACUUCACAAAGGAACAAAGCCAUCUCAAUUUCUCGUCACCAAAAACUCAGUGCUAGAGGAUGGCGAUGAUUUCCUUGAUGAAGAAAGCUUCACCAGGGUCUUCGAUAUCGCAGCGCUUCGCGUUCCUUCUAAAGACUGUUUUACUCUCGAAAGCAGACUCCGAGGUCACCUUUUGAAUUGGCCUCGUAUUCGCAACAUCGUUCGAGUCCCUGGUGAUGACGUCGAUCCCGAGAUUGUGGAGCUAUUGGAAUGCCCAAAUAGCGGCCAUAGUGAUGGUGAAGAAGGUCUUGUCUCCUUGCAUCGUCGAAUUUACGGGAAAGCAGAGGGCGACGGCGACGUUUUAAGUCCGGUGCUGUACAGGGAUAAGCUGGCAAAAACGUUUAAUUCUCGCGGUUUCGUAAAAUUUCGGAACCUUGCGAAGAUCUCCAGGCCGAAGAAGAAAAAGAAGAAGAAAGAGCAGGGGAAUAUGGAAGGAAAUAGGCACCUUCAGAAGAAUGGUUUUGCCGUAGUGGAGGUUCUUGAGGACGAGAAGGAAGGAAGUGUAGAGCUGAAGAAUUUACUAGGUGAAGAGUUUAAAAGCAAUAAAUGGAGGGGAUCGACGAGGUUAUUGCUUUUGGAUGAGAGCUACGCGGGUAAAGCCGUGGAGGUGUUGCCUGAGGCAAUAAAGGCUGUCUUGGCAGAAUAUGGAAAAAAGAGUACAACGUUGACCAUUGAGCUUGUUAAAUGCCAAUUGACUCUGUUUUAUGAUUACUGGCAGAUGAAUGAGAUAUUGGAGGCCUUGCUUCCUGGGUUUAUGAUUGUUCCCUCCGCUUUUGAGACUGUUGGCCAUAUUGCACACCUGAAUCUGAGAGAUGAACAUUUACCGUACAAGAAGCUUAUAGCAAAGGUAGUGUUGGAUAAAAACAAGCCAAAAAUACAGACAGUUGUGAACAAGACUGACUCCAUUCAUAACGAGUAUAGGACCAUGCAGCUUGAGGUUUUAGCUGGAAAUCACUCACUUGUAACCACAGUGGUUGAGAAUGGGAUUCGCUUUCAGGUUGACCUAGCAACAGUGUAUUGGAAUUCAAGGCUUGCAACCGAAAGACAAAGGCUUCUGAGCAGUUUUACACGCAGUGAUGUUGUUUGUGAUGUUUUCUCUGGAGUUGGUCCGAUAGCUAUAUCUGCAGCAAAGAUAGUAAAGCGUGUUUUCGCCAAUGACUUGAAUCCAUAUGCAGUUGAAUAUCUGGAGAGAAAUAGUGUGCAUAACAAACUUGAGAGGAAGAUUGAGGUCUUUAACAUGGACGGAAGAAGGUUCAUUAAAUCUUUGUUUAACAGUGAUAAAGCUCGGGCCAUCACUCAAGUGGUUAUGAAUUUACCGAAUGAUGCUGCGGAAUAUCUAGAUGCAUUCCGGGGAAUAUACAGAAAUAGACCCAAAGAUGGAGGGCUCAAGUUCCCGAAGAUUCAUGUUUAUGGAUUCUCCAAAGCUCAGGAUCCAGAAUUUGAGUUUCAUGAGAGAAUAAGAAUUGCUCUGAUGGAGGUGGCAGUAAAUGUAGACAUGCGACGGGUGCGACUAGUUGCACCAGGAAAAUGGAUGUUGUGCGCAUCAUUUAUCCUCCCCGAGAGUGUAGCAUUCGCAACUACUGCAGUAGUUUCCUAAUCAGUGUAUAUUUAUAAUUUAAUCAUACUGCGCUUGUUUAUACCAUCAAACCUGAUGUGUGUUUGGAGUUCUAAUAUUAUCAAGUGGUAGAUAUUAAAAUCAAUUUUCCA